AUGGGAAGCUUGAUCAAACUGCGUUACUUAGAUAUUGACAAUGUACCUUUGAAAGAGAUGCCGCAACCAAUCAGUCAAAUGAAAUGCUUGCAGUUCUUACCAAAGGUAGUAUUGAGUGACAAAUAUAAGGUUGAUGGGUUUAAAAUUACAGAGUUAGCAGAAGCUGAGUAUGUACGCGAAGGGCUUUGCAUUUUGGGUUUGGAAAAUGUUAAUGAUGCAACAGAGGCUUCAAAGGCUAAUUUAAAGGAUAAGAACAAUGAUGAUGAGGCUGAAAGUUCGCAAAAAGAAUUAGAUGUACUGGACGCACUUCGACCCCAUACAAACUUGAAGCAUCUUGUGAUUGAAAGUUAUAGAGGUACAACAUUCUCGAACUGGAUUACUGAUUAUGCUUUUUCCAAUUUAGUAUCCGUCUAUUUGAAAAAUCGUAAAAGCUGUUGUUAUACACCACCACUCGGACGAGUAGCUUCUCUAAAAUAUCUCACAAUCGAUGGAUUGGAUAGUGUGUUUGCAAUAGGUGAUGAGAUUGAUAGCAUUGUUCCUCUCAAUUCAUUUGUUUAG